CAAAAAUGGAUUUAAUUAUGGAUUUAAUUAUUGCUUUCAUUUCAUAAUUAGUUUUUAAUUUGAAAUUAACUUUUGUGUCAAUUAUAAACCAAUUUGUGAUACAAUUUAUGACACACUCCUCACUAAACGACAAUUCAAUGCGAAAUCAUUGGUCUGAAGCCAAAGACAAAUGAAUUAUUGGUUUGUUUUCAUUAAAAAGCCCAUUAUUUACAUUUGAUUUGCGGAUCAGCUUGGGUGACACCAGAAGAGUGCAUUGUGUGUGAUAUCAGCGGUUAUUUGUGUCGACAUAAUGUCGGGCUUCACGUCCCAGGCGUUGGAGAAGAAGUUAAUUGAUUUAAACAAUUCUCAACAAUCCAUACAAACCCUGUCCUUAUGGCUCAUCCAUCACCGCAAACACCACAAGACUAUCGUUCAGACCUGGUUUGCAGAACUCAAGAAAGCAAAACCGGCCCGAAGACUGACUUUCAUGUAUUUGGCGAACGAUAUCAUCCAAAACAGCCGUAAAAAAGGUCCGGAAUUCUCGAAGGAGUUCGGAGGGGUUCUCAAGACAUCCUUCGAGUCUGUGGCCAAAGACUCUGACGACAAGACAUUGGCCGCACUCGAGAGGAUUUUGUCCAUUUGGGAGACCAGAGGUAUAUACGACGGGAAUGACAUCAACUCAUUCAAGGCUUCACUCAUUUUGAGGAAAAGUCAACAACCAGUCAAAGAAGUGAACAAUUCGUCCAAAGCUAAUGACGUGAACGCAAAGCAAAGCGAUCACAAGGAAAAGGACGCCAAACAGCGUUUGGAUCACAACAACAAAAAAGAUGUCCAAAAGGGUCCGAAAGAGACGAAACAAACGAGUGAUAAGAAAGAGUCGAAAAAGCGUUCCCUCGAGAACUCGAAAGACUCGAAUCCAUCCAAAAAGCGAUCAACAGUUGAGUUGAAGAACUCAUUGUCUCCUCAUAAGCCAAAAGUGGUGAAAUUUGUUGAAAGUAUUGAGAAGAAGGCGACGACGCCGGCAGUCGUGAGCAGCGGACCGGCAGUGGACGCCGAGGCCCUGAUUAAGGCGUUGCAAGAGUUGGAAAACUCUGCGUCGGCUGAUGCGGGCGUUCGCCAGAAGAUCGCAAGCCUUCCGACCGAAGUGUUUGACGCGACUCUGUUGGACAAAAUCCGCGAUAAGGGAGCGGCCGAACGGCUGACUAAACUGGUGGAUGAGGCGCGCUCUCUGCUGGCCGACUAUAACACCCGUCUGUCCCGCGAACUGGAUGACAGGAAACAAAUAUCGCAAUUACUCAAGAACUACACCCAAAACCAGAGGCACGCGCUCUCAGUGGCCGAACAGAAACUCAAUGAAUACAAAGAGAAACUGCGAAAAGUAGUUCACGUGAGGAAUGAACUCAAAUCUCAUCUCCAGAAUCUGCCGGAUUUGAGUCGAUUGCCAUCCGUGACUGGUUUGGCACCCCUUCCCUCGGCGUGCGAUCUCUUCAAUGUGGCGCGAAUUGGCGGCAAUAGUGCCGGUUCUGUGAGCUCUUCGGUCUCUCCCAAUGAGAGCAACGCAUCGCCUAUUGAUUACGGGACGCCCGGAAGUAACACCAGUUAAUAGAGUCUAUCCAUAAAUCAUUGUAUUUGAACAGAUUUAUUAUAUUUAGUCUAUUAUUAACUAUAAUUACGUCAAGUUUUACUAGUGUUUGUAUAAAUUAUCAAUUAAUAAGUUAAAGCAUAUAUUAAUAUUAAAUGAAUUAUUCACU